ACCGGCUUCAAAGUUCGAAGCUUUUACGAACCCUUUGGCUAUCAACAACAUCCUUCAAAGCAUACGGAUUUUAUCGAGCAGGCCGCACCUCUCAGCAGGUUCAGGAACUUGGCUGCCUUGAACGGGCUCUUCUCUUUCUUGAAUGAUCCCGGCAUCGUCACCGCCAAGGGGUGCGAAGGUGUCGGCGCCGCAACAACAGCCUCCACCCUCACCUCACCCGGCGUGACCCCUAGCUGUGGAGAGAGUGUGUAGGAGGGACUUAGAGAGAAGUGAGAGUGUAAGUGGUAUUGGUGCGUCCAUUGAAGCCGUUGGAUCAUAUUGACGGUCCGGGUCUUGGGAAACCGGGAGCAGAGUGGGCUGCAUGUAUCUUUGCGGGAGAGUGUCCGUUACAGUAUGGUCAUGCAUCUCAAAAAAGUUGGUCACAAAAUCAACAUGCCUUUGUUUGAUUCCAUAAUUUCACCAACAAGUAGUAUUUGAAGCUCAUAGGGUUUUCAUUUUGUGAACUGCAAAAACACUGCACGCACGGAUAAUUUGACUCAGAGAGAGAGAGAGAGAGAGAGAGAGAGGACAUGGCUUCCCUUUCUGACAACGAGAAUUCAUCACCUAACAUAUACAUUCCGGAGGAAUGGUCUGAAGCUGUUGAUUCCAUUGCAUAUGAUUCAGCCACUUCGCCGCCUCCUAUUGCUUUUAUUUGCGGUCCAAAGAAUUGCGGCAAGACUACCUUCUCUCGCUAUCUUCUCAAUGUGCUACUGCAGAGAUACAGGAAAGUAGCCUAUUUAGACACAGAUGUUGGGCAGCCUGAAUUUACUCCUCCUGGUUUUCUUUCACUAACCAUAAUUGAUGAAGUAACUCCAGAUAUGACGACCCCAUGCCUAAAAACUCCAGAGAGGUGCCUUUUCUUUGGUGAUAUUUCCUCUAAAAGUGCACCAUCUACGUACUUGAAUUAUGCAUUAGUCAUCUGUGAUUAUUAUCAGACGGAAUAUCGCAUGUCUGAUAAGGGAGAAAAUCCUCCAAUGAAAGAGCUGCCUCUUAUCGUGAAUACUCCAGGCUGGGUGAAAGGUGCUGGUUAUGACCUAUUAGUGGACAUGUUGAAAUAUAUUGCUCCAACACACGUUGUUAAAAUGAACAUACAUGCUGAAAAUAAGAAUCUACCUGCUGGAGCAUUCUGGGUCGAUGGGGAACAUGAUGACAGAGUCAACAUAAUUGAGAUAAAUUCAGCUCUUCGGGAUUCAUUAAAUAGAUCGGUGCUUAUUCGGAAGGAUGCACAUCUCUUGCGAGAUAUGCGAAUCCUGAGUUAUUUUAGACAGUGCUUUCCUAGGGAUUGGAAUAUUUAUACAAUCAAGGAGCUUGCUCGUGCCCUGGCAUCUCACCGUCCUUUUGAAGUUCCCAUUGCAAACGUUAAGAUUCAACAUCUUCAAUCCGUGGUUCCAAGCUCUGACUCAUUCUACAGUUUGAAUGCUAGCAUUGUUGGCUUAGCUGUUGAUUCUGAGGAUUCCGGAAAAUUUCCUUGGUGUGUUGGUCUUGGAAUUGUAAGAGGCAUUGACGUGUUUAAAGGCGUGCUCUAUGUGAUUACACCUGUGCCACUGAGUUCUCUUCAAAAGGUCAACCUCUUACUACAGGGUCAUAUUCAAAUUCCUACUUGCUUAUUGCAGGUCCAGGGAUGCAUAUCACCUUACAUGACUACAAAUGCUUUGACCACUAGCUAAGCUUGUAGUUUUUUCCCUUGGAAGAUAUAAACAUCCUUUUGACUUUACAGAGGAACCGAAAGGUAAUGGGGAAAAGGGUGUAUAAAGUAAAACUUGCUUUAGCAUUCGUCCUUUCCGGCUGGUUUUGGUUGAUUGUUUUAUAGAUAAACAUGACUGUGUAGUAAAAAGGAAGAAAAUAGACUUUGUUCUAGGAAUUUCUAAAUUUGGUUUAACUUUUAGUUGUCAUAUAACUAUCUUAAGAAUUUCUUU